AUGAAGAGAUACCUUCUAGAGCGAGGACUCCUCCCCGAAAGCGACUUCAAGAAGGCUAUAAAAAUCGAGAAGGUGCACACCAUGAACGCCCUCCUCCACAAGGCCCAAGCCUUCAUCGCUUUCGAAGAAGGCGAAGCGGUUGCGAUAAAAGCUUCGAGGAGCAAUGAUGCUGCCCGCAGCUCGAACCACGACAACUCGGGCUCGCGCCGGGGACAUGAGAAAAGGAAGUAUGACAGGUCCCACGACGCCAAAGAACGCCGAGGACCAGCCGGUCGAUUCAGCGACUAUACUCCCCUUAACGCUUCACGCGAGAAAAUCCUGGCCGAGUGCAAAAGCACCGACUUCAAGAACUCUAGCAUCAGGCCCCCGAAGUCGAACCCCGCCAGGCCAGGGACCGACAAAUCCAAAUACUGCAAGUAUCACCAGAGCCACGGGCAUCUGACCGACGAAUGCAUACAUCUCAAAGACGCCAUCGAGACCCUGAUUAAGGAAGGUCGCCUUUCGAAGUACACAAAGAAAGGAGAACCUUCCCGGAGGGACGACCAACGGAACUCUGACGAGGGCAACUCACCAGACAGCAGGCUCUUACAAGUAGCUCUAUCCAUCACCCGACCAGAGGACUUCAUACCCUCGGUCGGAGUAACAACCGCCUUCAGCUCAUGGGAAGGGUUCCCGACCGCUAUGGUCGUAUCCAAUGGCGGGGACCCCGGUUCUCUCACUAUCAGCUCAGUGAAGAGAAAGUUUGAUGAGUUGAUCAGCGCCAACUCAGACCUAUGCCCUACCCUACAGAAGUUCAAAGGAAAAUCGGACCCGAUCACCUUCUACUUGGAAGAGCUGCCCGGCGGAGCUCCGAACACCACAAUUCCCCUGCUCGUCCGAGCAAGAAUGGCGAAUUUUGACGUUCGACGGGUCUUAGUCGAUGAGGGGAGCUCGGUCGACAUCAUGUAUUCCCACCUGUUCCGGACCCUCCAACUAGAAAACUCACAUCUCACCCCAUAUGUGGGCUCCGACCUCCAGGGUUUCAACGGGGCGACCACCAAACCUUGGGGUUACGUCGAACUGAUCGUCACCUUCGGGAAAGGGGAAGCUUCCAGAAAGGUCAAGAUAAGGUUUUUGGUGAUCGACUACAAGACCCUCUACAACUGCAUCAUCGGGCGUCCCACUCUAGCUGAACUAACAACCGUCCCCUCAACCGUGCAUCUGAAGAUGAAAUUCUACACGAAAAGGGGACGAGUAGCCACCAUCAACGCCGACAUCGAAGCCGCCAGGAGAAUAUUCGACACCUCGGUGAAAGGAUUGCAACUAAUCGCCCCUCCCUCCAGCUCCAACAAGAAGCCAAAGGCCGAAGACAAGCCUCCUCGGGAAGAUCAGCAUCAACCGACCAACGUCAGCUCAUUCGACCUCGACGCUCGCUUCACAGAAGAAGAACUAAAGAACAGCGAAGAGACGAGACCGAAGACAGCUCACCCCGUCCAACCAAUCCCAGACGGGGACUUCGAGCUCGUCCCCCUAGGCGACAACCCCGAAAAAGCGGUGAAGAUCGGCAAAGAUAUCCCAGACCUGCCGAGGAAGCAGCCCAUGGCCUGCCUUCAAGCCAACGCCUAA